AGAUCUCUGUGUGGGCCAGGAACAUGGAGGGCAUGGCCUACAGUGACCCAUUGGUGCUAACAGUCUUCGUGACAGAUGAGAAUGACAACCCUCCUAACUGCCCUCUCACUGAUUCCCCAUCUGAGGUCCUGGAGCUCAGUUCCUCAGGGACAGAGGUGACCAGGCUCCAGGCCACGGAUGCUGAUGACCCCAACUCUCCUAACGCCCAUGUGGUUUACAAGCUACUGAGCCAGGAACCUCCCGGACCCGAGGGCUCCUCCUUCUCUGUGGACCUUCACACAGGGGCAGUGAUGGUACAGGACACCCCACUCAGGGCAGGGGAACUCUACAAGCUGCUCGUGCUUGCUGCUGACCUGGCUGGAGAAGAAGGCGGUCUGAGCAGCACCUGUGAAGUUAGCAUCAAGGUGAUGGACGUGAAUGACCAUGCCCCUGUGUUCUCAGCCUCCCAGUAUGGGCCAGUCAGCCUUCCCGAGGAUACAGUGCCAGGAACACGAGUGGCCACAGUCACAGCCACAGAUGCUGACCUGGACCCAGCGUAUACCCUUAUUGACUUCUCCAUUGUGGAAGGAGACCCCAAUGGCACCUUUGUCCUAGACUCAGACCAGAGGAGUGGCCACGCAGAUGUUCGCCUUCAGAAGGUGAGGAGCUUGGGGACAGCUGUUCCUUGGGUCAUAGUAGCUGGAGGUUUUCUCAGAGAGCAGAUGUAUUCUCCAUCUCUGGGUCUGAGAGUGAUCUGGGGUGGGAGCCACAGUAAAUACUUUCCCGCUCAAGCCUCAGCAUCAGAGUCCAUCCUAAGGAUCCAGGAAUUGACGGUCAGGAGUAUCAGAUGGGAUAGGAAGGCAGGAAAGGACAAACUCCCAGAGCUUCGCAUUGAGAUCAUCCAUCACCCAUAAGGGAGCUGUACUCUUGUGACCCAUGAACUGGGCGCACCCCCACCCCAGCCAGGAAUGUUCUCCCCUCUCCCCUCCACCUCCCAGAUUCCGUGGUUCUUCAAGUCCCAGCUUAAAUCUCACCUCCUACAGGGAGCUUUUCCUGGACCAUUCCACCUGCACCCCUUUCUGAGUGCCUUCCGAGCUAAAUGGUGUAUAUAUACCUAGAUAUUUAGGUGUGGGCGCCCUAGUUAAACUGCGAGCUCCUGAGAUCACAGAGUAUUUUCCCCUGCAUUUGUAGUAUCCCUAACAUUUAGCACACUGUAAGUGCUUAAUUGUAAAUUAAUUAGGACAGAGUAAAUGCUUGUUGACUGAUUAAAUGAAAAACUGUGGUCAUCAGAAAUCAAGAAGGCAAUAGACAAAGCAUUAAAAGGAUUAAAGAUGGGGGCAGCUGGGUAGCUCAGUGGAGUGAAAGUCAGGCCUAGAGACAGGAGGUCCUAGGUUCAAACCCGGC